UGAAAGCCGAAGGUCUUUUGAUAGUCCGACCGGAUAAGAGAGAUCUGACUCGAUCUUGUGAUAGAUAUAAACCCAUUUCAAGGAUCUCCAAAGCCUCAAUCCCUUCCCUCAUUUUUGAUAUCCUUCAAAAUUGUUCAAUAUGGCAGAUAAACCCAAAGUCCUCUUCCUAGGCAGCACCAAGCAAGCUCAUGAAGAGUUUGCCUCGCUCUGUGAGAUUAUAGAACCUGUCUACCCACAGUCAAAUGAGCGAUCUGCUUUUAUAGAAGAGACCAAGUCUGGUGCUUUCGAUGGAGUCAAGGCUAUCUACCGUACAAACAAGUCAGUUGGCAUUACUGGACUCUUUGAUGCCGAGUUACUGGAUGUCUUGCCCAAGUCUCUCAAGUUCAUAUUGCCAUAAUGGCGCCGGAUAUGACCAAAUUCAUGUCUCUGAAUGCACUUCCCGUGGCAUUCGUGUUUCAAACACACCCACUGCUGUAGACGAUGCCACGGCUGACAUCACUAUCUUUCUUCUUAUCGGCGCCUUGAGAAAUAUCUCGUCCUCCAUCUUCACUCUACGAGAAGGAACUUGGCGGGGUUCCCCUCCACCAUCGCUUGGCCAUGAUCCUCAAGGCAAAGUGCUAGGCAUUCUGGGUAUGGGAGGCAUUGGCCGCAAUGUUGCACGCAAAGCCCGAGCUUUCGGCAUGACUGUGAGAUAUCACAACCGAAGCCGUUUAUCACCUGAUCUAGAGGACGGUGCUGAAUAUGUUGACUUCGAGACACUGCUUAAAGAAAGUGAUGUGUUGAGUCUCAACUUACCCCUGAACCCCAAAACCCGACAUACUAUUGCAAAACCUCAAUUCGAUAUUAUGAAGCGUGGCAUUGUAGUCGUCAACACCGCUCGUGGUGCAGUGAUGGACGAAGCGGCUCUCGUCGAAGCUCUUGAAUCUGGACAAGUUGCCAGUGCUGGUCUUGAUGUAUUUGAGAACGAGCCAGAGAUCCAUCCAGGGCUCUUGAAGAACAAGAACGUCUUGCUUGUUCCACACAUGGGAACGUGGACUGUAGAGACCGAGAGACUGAUGGAGGCUUGGGCUAUGGACAAUGUUCGCCUAGCAGUGACAGAAGGAAAGUUGAAGAGUAUCGUUUCCGAGCAGAAGGACCUGCAAUAGACGGUAACUCUGUCUGCACAUCAUAGCCUUCGCGGUUUCAAGAGUCUCGAGAUAUAUAGAAUGGGCGAACCAAAAAUAGAUAGCCCAAAUGAAACUCCGGUAUGUUACACUAAAAUCCCAAGCUGACCUAAGGCUUUGAGUACU